AUGGGUAGGGCCAACAAAUGGUUCCAUUCUCUUCUGGGUUCCAAAAAGCCUCCGUCGGCAUCUUCAUCGUCGCCGGCACCGGAGAAGAAGAAGAGUAAGUGGGGACUGUUAAAGUCAUCAACUAGCAUUGUGUUCAAAAAUGAAGAAGAAAACCAAUUGACAAGUCCUUAUGCUGAGACGUUGGACGCAAACAAGCAUGCAAUAGUAGUGGCAGCGGCCACGGCGGCGGUUGCCCAGGCUGCUCUCGCGGCCGCCAAGGCGGCGGCCGAGGCAGUCAAACUGACAGGCGGGAGUAAGAGUAGAAGUGCUGCGAUGUUUGUUCGCCACUGGGAAUGGGCAGCUAUAAAGAUUCAAUCGGCUUUUCGAGCUUACUUGGCUAGGAGAGCCUUAAAGGCACUCAAGGCACUCGUAAAGCUUCAAGCUCUAGUUAGAGGUCGUAUUGUCAGAAAGCAAAGUGCAGAUAUGCUCCAUCGUAUGCAGGCAAUGGCACGAAUCCAGGCUCGAGCCUGUAAACAUAGAGCUUAUGCUUCAGAGUCGCCUAAUUUGGUCAACAAGUUCUCCAACCAGCAUAAACCUAUUGUUGCCAAUCUCAGAAAAUGUGAGCAGAGAUCAAAUUGUACCCAACAUGAUGGACUAAACCAAAAGAAAUGUGGUACAAGAUUGAAUAGAGCCAACGGUAUUAACACAGAAAACAUGUGGGUGGGCUCCAAUUGGUUAGAUCACUGGAUGGAAGAAUAUGCAUGGAACAACCAGACGUAUUCCUCCCUUGACACCAGACGCUGGGAUGAUGAGAAAAAUGACAAGAUACUCGAGAUGGAUACUUGUAAGCCUCACCGAACCCCAAAGCAAAGUGGCAGAGCGUUUCAGAAUCCACAAUAUUUUCCCGUUUGGAACGAGAAUGGACAGGAAUCCGCAACAUUUGACUCAUUAUCAAGACAUUCAGAAAAAUCCGUAAAACGAAAUCCUUGCAUAUCGUAUGGUGAUGUCCCAUCCUUAAGGUCGAUAAAAUUCCCUCCGGAAGUGGAUCCAGUGUCUUCUAGACCUAAUAGUAGUCGAAGAAGCCCUUUUAGUCCUACAAGGAGUGAGUGUUCUAAAAGCUUGUUUGGCGAUUAUCUGGGUCACCCGAAUUACAUGGCAAGUACGGAAUCGUCUCUGGCUAAGCUUAGGUCACAAAGUGCCCCGAGGCAGAGAAUGCAGUACGAGGAACUACGUAUGGGUAAGAAGUUUGCUCGUGAUCUUUGGAAUAUGGACACAAAUUCAGAAAAGGGAUCAACGUUGUUCUCUAACUAUACGUGCAAAGGUUAUCCAUACUCCAGCCACUUAAAUAAACUCGGGAAACCUAUCCAAGAUCCUGCUGUAAGUUUUAGUUCCACGUAUGGCUACAGAUAUUAG